CGGCGGGGACCUGUUUUUAUCUGCACAGGAAGUGAAAUCCGUCUUUUCCGUUUAUAACCGGGAGCAGUUGAGCACGCGUACCGCGCACUGUUUUUUUCCUACGGCAGGUUUAAAUAUAAUUUCGGUUAUAUUCUGUCGAUACAAAACCGGAGAUAAUGAGACCCAUUCUCCUCCAGGGCCAUGAGAGGUCCAUCACCCAAAUCAAAUACAACAGAGAAGGAGAUCUCCUGUUCUCAGUAGCCAAGGAUCCUAUUGCGAAUGUGUGGUACUCUGUGAAUGGAGAACGGCUCGGCACUUAUAAUGGACACACAGGUGCCGUCUGGUGUGUGGAUGUUGACUGGGACACUAAGAACGUAUUGACGGGAUCUGCUGAUAACAGCUGCAGGCUCUGGGACUGUGAGACAGGAAAGCAGCUGGCUCUGGUGGAGACGAACUCGGCGGUGAGGACGUGUGGCUUUGACUUCAGUGGGAACAUCAUAAUGUUUUCCACAGACAAGCAGAUGGGCUACCAGUGUUUUCUUAACUAUUUUGACCUGCGAGACCCCCAACAGAUUGAGGACAACCAGCCAUAUCUGUCUUUGCCCUGCAGUGAGUCAAAGAUCACCAGCGCUGUGUGGGGACCGCUGGGAGAGUUUGUGAUUGCCGGUCAUGAGAAUGGAGAAAUUAACCAGUACAGUGCUAAGUCAGGGGAGAUUCUGAAGACGACAAAGGAACACACCAAACAGAUCAAUGACAUCCAGUCAUCUGUGGAUCUCACGAUGGUCAUCAGUGCCUCCAAAGACUGCACUGCCAAGCUAUUUGACUCCACAAACCUCGAACACAUCAAAACCUUCAAGACAGAGCGACCUGUUAACUCCGCUGCUAUCUCGCCCAUCAUGGACCAUGUGGUGAUGGGAGGUGGUCAGGAGGCCAUGGAAGUCACAACCACCUCUACUAGGAUCGGUAAAUUCGAGGCCAGGUUUUUCCAUGCAGCUUAUGAAGAGGAGUUUGGCCGUGUGAAGGGACACUUCGGCCCCAUUAACUGUGUGGCUUUCCACCCAGAUGGGAAAAGUUACAGCAGUGGAGGAGAGGAUGGUUAUGUCAGAAUUCAUUACUUUGAUCCCCAGUAUUUUGAUUUUGAGCUCGAGGCAUAAUAACCAGUGACUAUCAGCAUUCCCAUCAUCCAGGACAGAUCAGCAUUUGAACACAACAGUAACACCUGAUCGACUUCACUAGGCUGAACAUGGAGAUUGUGUGUUAUACGGUCACCUUCAUACAAAUAUUGCAUUUAAAGCAUUUGAUCUGAUAUAUAAUUAAUGAAUGGAACAUUCUGAAUAAACUGGGGUUUGAGAUAAA